AUGGAGGAGACCGCGGCGAAUACUUCCUCACAAGACAAAAUCAAAGAUGACCAACUAAAUCGAAAAGACUCGAACCCGACGUUGCAUAAUAAUGAAAUCUCCAGUGUGCAGCAGGAGACGCAAUUUACAUGUUCUUUAUACAUUUCGUCUGCUGGCAGCCCUCAAGAUCAAAGCCAUAGAUCCCAAGUUUAUAUUCACGUUAUUUUAUCGUUCGGUCAUUUAUUAGAUUGCGAGUUACUGCGAUCUCAUCUUGAGGCAGCUGUUGCUGCUUCCAAACCGCUGUCGGCGUGGCGAGUCUCUGAAACCCCAUGCGGUCUGAUAGCUGCCUUCGUCCGGGAGAACGACGCUGAGAAAUUGUUGCAACGUGGCAAUCUAGCCCAAGUGUUCGGUAGACCUAUACAAGUGGCACGAUUCUCGGCGAGAGACUCUCGAUAUCGCCAAGCAGUUCUUCUGAGAGAUGUGCCAUGGGCCAUACCGUUGCAGGAUAUAAAUUCUGCGCUGACAAAACAAGGAAUUGUUGCUGGAAAUGUCGAACGUUUACGGCAAUUUGUUCGAGUAGAGGUGAAAACCGUUGAUUAUUUUCCUUUUAUUCGCUUAAUUAUUAUGCAGGUUGAAUGACUUCAUAUAAUGAAGUCUAUUAUU